CGGAGCGGUAGUGACGUAAACCGAGGGCGGGUAAUUUCGACUGGCGGGAGAAGAGCGGUUACCGUUGCCAGUCGCUUUUCCCGGGUCUGGAGCCUCCCAACUCCUGGAACCACGAUGGCUCAGCUAGAGGAGGACCAAUGGCCUUCGCGCUUGGUCAAGAUGAAAGCAGUUGAUGAUUUGCUGAGAUGUGGAAUUUGCUUUGACUAUUUCAACAUUGCAAUGAUUAUUCCUCAGUGUUCACAUAAUUAUUGUUCUCUUUGUAUAAGAAAAUUUCUGUCCUACAAAACUCAGUGUCCAACCUGUUGUGUGACAGUCACAGAGCCCGACCUGAAAAAUAACCGGAUAUUGGAUGAACUGGUAAAAAGUUUUAGUGCAGCACGGAAUCAUCUGUUGCAAUAUACCCUAGAUUCACCACCAAUAUCUCCUCUGUCCUCCUCCAUAAAGAAUAUUUCUGGCAAAAUCCACAUUCCUAAAGUGCACACAGGUUCUCCCUUAAAACAAGAAAACAGAAGAAUGGAUUCUUACUUGGUAAAAGAAAUACAUUCUUCUAUAAAAACGCCAGAGAUGCCAAAGAAGGUCAAAGAAGGCAAAAUCAAUCCUUUAGGGAAAAAGUACUCCAGUUCUCCAGAGAUAAAAGGAGCAUCAAGGGAAGCAAGAGAGGCUCAAAGAUCCACUUCUCUUAAUGGCCCUGAGAAACCUUCUACAUCUGCUUUUAAGGAAGUUACUAAAGUGGAAUGUCCUGUUUGCCGUGUGAGUAUCCCUGAGGUCUACAUAAAUAAACAUUUGGAUAGCUGCUUAUCAAGAGAAGACAAGAAGGAAAGCCUUAGAAGUUCUGUUAAUAAAAGGAAGACAAUGCCCAAAGUUGUUUACAACUUACUCUCUGACCGGGACUUAAGGAAAAAACUCAAGGAACACGGACUGUCUAGUCAUGGGAACAAACAACAGCUUAUUAGACGGCAUCAAGAAUUUGUGCACAUGUACAAUGCCCAGUGUGAUUCUUUACAUCCUAAGUCAGUUGCUGAAAUAGUUAAAGAAAUUGAAAAUAUAGAGAAGACUCGAGUACAUCUUGAAUCAAAUAAGCUGAAUGAAAGUUUUCAGGUCAUGGUAUUUACAAAGAAUCAGACAGAAAAAGAAAUAGAUGAUAUUCACAGUAAAUAUCGUAAGGAACAUCAGAAUGAAUUUAAACAGCUAGUGGAUGAGGUAAAAAACCGGUGCAAGAAAACUGGCAUACCGCUGACAAAACAAAUAAAGAAAGAAGAGGAAUCCAUGGAAGAGUUCAUGGGAGAAGAUAGUAAACCAAUAUGCAAAGAUUUAAGCUCAGCUACAGUCCCAUUACCCCAAUCAAAGGUGGAAUCUCAGGUAGAGACGGAACAAGAUGCAGCAGUAGAUUCUUCUCAUUUAUCUGAAGUUCGGGAAACUCCUCUAUUCACAGCUUCAGAUUCAGGAAGCAGCUCUAGCUCAGACAUCAUAAGAGACCUCAUAGAGGAAAAGGAGUUUUCAGAAACAAGCUCCAGCUCAGACAUCAUAAGAGAUCUUAUAGAGGAAAAUGAGUUUUCAGAAAGAAGUUGUUCCUGCAUCUUGCUGCUCAAGUUGGCCUCUCAUCUUGUUGCCGAAGUUGUUGCAUUUUUGUCCCCAGUACACUUUUGUUGGCUCCACAUUUCUCAUUCAAGCAAAAAGGAGUUUUGGGAAACAGGAAUAAAAGCAAGAAGGUGAUUGCCCAAAAACCAUGUCGGUCAAGAUCUCCAGAUAGCAACUGUAGCAAUAGAAGAAGUAAGCGUAGCAAAACUUAGAGACUUCCUGACUUUUCUAAGUAUGGGGAUCAAAAUAUGCUACCUUUUGUCAUCUUAAGGAUUUCAGAUCCUUUGUUCUGUCUGUCUAUGAGGAAGUUAAAGAUUCUCAAAUUGGUUGUUUAUAUUGCUGAUAGUAAGUUAAUAUUUAGGCCAUCUUUCAUUUAGCACAGCCUUGCACAAACCAAAGAAGUCUUAAAGCCUGCUCAUUUGGUUCUCCAUUCUUUGUCCCACCACUAAACAAUUUUUUAUAUGUUUGUAACCCCCAGCUCUUGAAGGUGAAACAAUAUUGGCACAGUGGCAGACUCUUGUGUUUCUAUUUCUUAAAAGUUAAAUAUCUUACCUGGGCCAGCUAUUUUCCCAGCCCAACAGCUUUUGCUUCUUUCCCAUCCCAAUGAGACUAGCAAUAGGAAAACUAAGUGAUGGGAAAAGAAAGUACUCUGUGUGUGUGUGUAAGUGGGGUACAAACACUCAGGUGAGCAUUCACUUUAAUUUAGCAGAAUGUUAUCAUGCAUCUAGCUCAUUGACAGCUUGCUACAUUUGCAUAAGAGACUAAUAUUUUCACUUAACAAGUCAGCAAUGUUUUAAAAUAAUUAUAAAGUGUAUAAUAAUUUUUGAAAAAAGCACUUAAAGAGUUAAAUGCUUCCAUUGAUUAAUAGUUGUACUUUCUAAUUCCUAAACCACAUUCUUGAUAUUUUGUAUUCUGACAAUUAAAAUUUAUGAGUAAAUGAAUUAAAUGUUUCAUAUGUCAAUCUAAAUAUGCCUUUAUGAAAAGGAAAAUUGGAUAUAUUAUGUACUGGUACAACAUAUACUUCUCCAACAAGCACUCAAACAAAUCCAUUUUAAAAAUGCAUUUCCAGAGAAAAUAGUUUAUCAGUUGUUCAUCGAAAGGGGAGAUAUGGGCCCCUUAAUUUUGAAGUAUAGUGCUAAUUGUUGACUGUUGUGUUCAGCCAUAAUUUUUUUGCCUCUCUUUGCUGACUCAGUUUACAUUGUUGUGGUCAUUGUGUAUAAAAUAUGCCUAUAAAACAAUGUAUUCCAUGAAUAUUUUAGCCAUUAAAUCAUCUUGGGCUAGGAGGAAUUCCUACCUGUCUGCAGAUGGUCUGCUGGUGUCUAAUAAAUGCCUAUUAAAAUGUUAUCUGGUGUCUCUUCCCUCAGAUUUCUUACAACUCCAAAGCCCCAAAUCUCUGCUUCUCCAUUUAGCAUGCUGAGAGUUCAUUGAAGGACAGGAGCCAGGACUAGUAAUAUGAUGGCAACACAUUUAUUAAUGGGCCAGUGACAACACUAAUUUCUGCCCAUUUCCAAAGUCUGUCUCCAUUGAUUGGCUCUUCAUUAUGUGUUUGGGAGCUGAAGUUAAAAAGUGGAGUCUUAAUGUGUCUGAGGGUUGAGUAAUUUUCUAAUUAAAAUGACAUUUUCUCUUUUUUGUGACUACCCUGUAUCAUAUAGUUACAUAAGAAUGUCUCAUUUUGAUAAGCAUGGUUUGGAAUUUUAGAAAACUUGGAGCAAAAUUGUUGAACUUAGAAAGAUCUUUCAGGAGGCAAAUGUGAACAGUUUUAACCAAAUAGUGCUUAACACUGAAGGAUUUUUAUAUCACUUACAUGCUACAACAUAUGCUAAAUGAAGCAUCAUAUUAAAUUAUGUAACACAAUCUGAUGUGAAUUGUUUCCCAAACUCAACAUGCCAUUUCUUUUCUUUAUGACUUUUUGCAUGUUGUUUCCCAUGUCUGAAAUGUCCUCCCUCCUCACCUCCACUUUGUAGAAUCCUUAGCUUUCUCUAAGUUGAGGAAUAGCCUCAAUCCUCAAGCUACCUUUGAGAAGCCUUUCUCGACCCCUCUCCGUACCCUGAAUUGUUAGUGCUCUCUCCUUUCUGAAUUGACUUUGUAUUUACUUAUCUGUGUAGAUGUUGGUGAGAACAAUGUAAACUUGCUGUCAGAGAUUACUUUGCUUUUGUUUCUGUAUUCCCAGCACAUGGUGCAUAGUCGAUGCCCAAUAAAUGUUUGUUGAAUUCAAAUCAGUAGCUUCAUUUUAGUUGAAGGAUUUGACAUAAGCCCUCGGUGCCACCAAGGUAAAACAUUAAAUUGAAUUGUUUUUUACAGAUAUGUCAAGGAAUGCGUCCAGAAACUUCUCUAAUAAAUUGUAGCAAUUCUCUGCUAUUUUAAAAAACUUAAUUAGUGCCUAGAAGAUUUGGCCUUUAUGCUCUGGGGUUAUUUUGUUUGCCAUGUGGCAAUUUAGAAAUAUUAUAAUAAUAUGGGUGUGACAAGUGCAUAUGUAAUUAUUGUGAAUAAAGGUAAUAUGUUGCCCAUUUAUCAAUGUGAAA